UUAUGGUGACGGGAGAGCAGUAGAGGAGGUGUCAUCUGAUCUGAUCCCUGUUCUGAUGGACCGUCGGAUCUAACAGCACAGCAAUAAUCCUGGGAGUUAUUAAUCCCUGCGGUUUAGUUUGGAUUUUUCGGACCCCAUGGAGUCCCGCCCAGCUUGACCCGGACCCAUCAUGCCGAACCGUCAGAAGCAGGUCCUGUUCUGCUCCGCCGGCAUCCUGAGCCUCUGCUGCGCCCUGUCGGCUGCCGUCAUCAGCGGCCUGCCCUUUUGGCUCCGCGGGUCCGUGCUCUGCAGAACCGGGGCCGAACUGGUCAACGCCACCGGAGCCGAACUGGACCAGUUCGUGGGAGAUCUCAGCUACGGACUUUUCCACGGAGAGAGGGUGAAGCAGUGCGGCCUGGGCGGCAGACCGUCCCGCUUCUCAUUCUUCCCAGACCUGAUGAGUGUAAUUCCAGCCGGCCUCCACGUCACCAUCAUCUUCUUCUGCAGUGUUGUGGUUCUCUUCUCCUCCGUGGCCUCUGGCUUCUUCUUCUUCAACGCCUUCGGACGGCCCUAUGAGACACUGCAAGGCCCAAUGGGCCUGUACCUGUGGACCUGCAUCUGCUCAGGUUUGACCAGCUGCCUGGUUCUGAUCCUCUUCGCCUCUGAGGUGAAAAUCCGCCGGCUAUCCGAGCUCAUCGCCAACUUCAAGGAGGAGAAUUUUGUUUUUCAGACGUACUCGGAGAGCUACGACAGCUGCUUUUGGGUUUUCUUCAUCAUCCUCGUCCUUCAUGGACUCAACCUGGUUCUGAUUCGACUUACAGGGAUCCAGUUCCCAUUCCAGGGGAAGAAAGAUGUAGAGCUGAGCGUCGGUGCAGCCGACCUCAUGUACUGAUGGACUCGAAGACUAACAGAACCCCAGCUAGCUGUUGUCUGGUGGUUCCGAUGAAAACUGUAGAACAUAUUAGAGACACCUUAAAGGUUUUUAGUGUUUACCUCAACAAAUCCAGAGAAUCAAUCUUGAUUUCUGAAUAGAACCUGAUUGGUUGUGUUUAUUCAUGAUGAGACGACAUUUAGAUUCUUUAGAGAUUUUGUUUGUAACACUUUUUUUUAGAGAAAAAUAAACUUG